CACAAACUCACCCCAUUUAUAUACCACCAGAAACCAACCUGUUCGACCACACCAAUCUCCAAUGGAGUACACAUACGACGCAGGUAGCGGUACCACAGAGCAGACUGCCCCAUUGGUACACGGUGGGGCUGAGGGACUGAGAAGAACGAAGAUGAGGGUGAUGGUCGCCAUCGAUGAAAGUGACUCGAGCUUCUAUGCUCUCACCUGGGCGCUUGACCAUCUCUUUAUCAACCCACCGAGCACGGUGGAAGGCGGCGAGGGGGAGGCCGGGUUGGUGACGGUGGUCCACGUCACGCAGCCGUUUCAGCACUUUGUGUACCCUGCUGGACCUGGCGGAGCAACCUAUUAUGCUUCUGCCUCGGUGGUGGAGUCGGUGAAGAAAGCUCAGGAGGAGAGCUCUGCUGCCAUUCUCUCCCGCGCUUUGCAGAUUUGCAAGGACAGGAUGAUCAAAGCAGAAACUCUGAUUAUGACUGGAGAUCCAAAGGACGUGAUUUGUCAAGCCACAGAGCAGAUGCAUGUAGAUCUUCUUGUUGUAGGUAGUCGUGGCCUGGGCAUGGUUAAGAGGGCAUUCCUAGGAAGUGUGAGCGACUAUUGCGCACAUCAUGCAGCAUGUCCAGUCGUGAUCGUGAAGCCACCAAGGGGAACCGGAUCAAAGGGCUCUGCAUCUAAGAAGUAGGUCGCCAUGUUGGCUUCAGUAUCAUUUGAAGUGCCAACUCUAGUACCUAAGUAGUCAAAAGUGUGUAAAUUAAUUGCAGCGUUUCAGCUUGUGGUUAUAUAUAUAUAUAUAUAUAUAUAUAUAUAUAUAUAUAUAUAUAUAUAUAUAUAUAUAUAUGUUCCUUCUAAUAAGUUAUUAAUGCAAUUUCAGACUU